AUGCCUGGAGCCAUGAGAAUCUUUUUCUUAAUGUUUGCUGCACUCAUUCUUCUUGUCCAAACUGUCCCAGCCAGGGGAGGAAUGCAAAGAGAAGCACUUUGUAAGAAAUUGAGAGGCCGCUGUCAAGUUGAAUGCCUCACUAUUGACGAGCAGAUUGGAGGCUGUAGAGCGGAAUUAAUACCACUUUGCUGCAAAAGAAGACGUCUUAAAAUCUAA